AUGAGUUACCAACCUGUUGAAAACCAACCUCCUCCUUACGGUAACCCAGAACCCCGUGUGGACGGUGACAACAUCCCCGACGACUUCAAGUACUCAGUCAAUGUUGCGUCCUGUGAGUUGCCCAUUCGUCAGAUGUUUAUUAGAAAAGUAUAUGCUCUUCUUUCUGUGCAACUAGUGAUGACCCUCGUGGUGGGCCUCAUCAUUAAGUCCAAUAGUGCUAUCCAAUCAUGGUGCUUGAAUAACAUGUGGUUGUUCAUUGUAUCGGUGGUCGGGGCCCUCGGCUUUGGCAUUGGUACUCACGUUAUGGCCAGAUCUUAUCCCACCAACUUGAUUUUAUUGAGUGGAUUCACUUUGUGUGAAAGUUACGGGAUUGGCCUCACGUGCUCAAUGGUGAAAUCGGACGUGGUGCUCCAGGCGGUGAUGUUGACGUUUGUAAUCUUUGUGGGAUUGACAUUGUUUGCAUUCCAAACCAAGUACGACUUCACCAGCUGGCAAGGUGCUUUGUCGAUGGGUUUGUGGUUCCUCAUUGGCUGGGGGUUCAUCAUGAUUUUCUUCCCCCAGUCAAAAAUGGCGAACUUGAUCUACUCAGGGAUUGGGGCUUUAGUGUUUUGUGUGUAUAUCAUCGUUGAUACUCAGAAUAUCAUGAAAACCUGUCAUUUGGAUGAUGAGAUUCCUGCCACCAUGAUGUUGUACUUGGACAUCCUCAACUUGUUCUUGUUUAUUUUGAGGAUCCUUGACAGCAGACUGAAUGACUAG